UUCAUUAGAGCGUACAUACACUGCCUUGCUGUCUAGCAUGUGAAGGCCCUUUCUCUCUUUCUUUUUUACUUGCAUGCACCCACCCCAACUGGCACUUUUGAUUCAUUCACAUCAAUGGCUGAAUGGGGAGGAUGCAGACAAAACUAGUCUGGGAUUUGAGUCUUCAUUCUCUUAAUUGCUCUUUGGUUUUUUUCACUCCCACACCCUUAUAUAGGGCACACAUAUAACCUCACCCUCUCUGAGUUACACUUACCACCCUCUUUUGAGUUUUCUUCUUUUUUUCAGCCUUUACCUCUUCAUUAAAAGGAGCCAUUGGUUGAGGGAAACAGCAUUGAGUUCUUUUGUUGUGAUUAGCAACAUAGAAGAAGAAAGAAGAAAAAAAUGAAUGUUUUGUCCUCUGAGUGCAGUAGCGGGUGUGAAUCUGGUUGGACUAGUUACUUAGAGCAGUCCUUUUGUUCUGAUGAUGUUUCCAUUGAUAAAAGAGUGGUUUUUGUGGUGAAUAUAGGAAGGGUCAUAAGGGUAAAGAAGAGGCUGUUGUUGUUGUUGAUGAUGAUGAAGAAGAAGACCUUUCCAUGGUUUCUGAUGCAUCUUCUGGGCCUCCACAUUUCUAUGAAGAUGAUGGUUAUUUCAAUGAUGAUGAUCAUCAUCACUACACUGCGCCUAAAGUUGCUACAUUGAAUAAAAAUGGUGGUAAAAGACAUAGGAACAAGGAACAACAACUGCCUUCUUUACAUGAUGAUACUGCCAGCUCUCCUCUCAUCAAUUUCUCCAAGAACAAUUUUUCUCACACCAAUAAUACUCAAGCUUCAAUGGAGGAAAGUGCCUUCCAUUAUCCGCAGGGGUUCUCUGCAACACACGCCUUCCAUUAUCCCCAGGGGUUCUCUGCAACACACUUUCAGGGAGGGCCCGCAUUCCAAGACCACUUUGGAUUUUUGCAGCCUUCUCCAUCCGGAAACCACCUACAAGAGCACCAGUGGUUUUAAUGGAAUUAGAGAGAUGGGAUAAAGGUGGUUUAUGUUUCUGAAUAUCAACCUGCUCUUGCUAGUUGCUACAAUGGAGUUUGACUCUUAAGAAGAAAUGGAAGAAAGGGUUGUCAAUGGAUGGAAAGAUUCAGAUCUCAAAAGGGGAUGAUCAUGAUCUUGUUCCUUUCAUUUUUCACUUCAUGUUCAAAAGCCAUGCUUAAGAGCAAAACAUGGAAAUAAAAUUUCUUGUUUUUUUU